CUGCUUUUUGAACACAGCUAAGGCGGCUAACUGAAGUUCGUCGCGAGAAGCUCGUGGGUUAGCUCAGUCGUUAUUUUGAAUGCGUUUGUUAAAGUGGGGAAAAUGACCGAAGAAUCGGCUGUUAAAGUGUGCGUUCGAGUGCGUCCGCUUAUUGCAAGAGAGGAAAGCGCUGCGUUAGAUGAUUCUCAGCCUGUUCAACUGUUUUGGAAAGCCGACCAAAAAUGUAUUCAUCAGAUUGAUGAUGGGAAUUCCACCAAAAGCUUUAGUUUCGAUCGUGUAUUCACUUCUCAAGAAACUACUAACCAACUGUACCAGAACAUUGCAAAGCCGUUGGUUGUCUCCACUGUUGAGGGUUACAAUGGAACCAUAUUUGCUUAUGGGCAAACCGCCUCUGGAAAGACCUUUACCAUGAUGGGGAGUGAACAUAUUCCUGGAGUGAUACCUCUGGCUGUUGAAGAUGUUUUCCAAACCAUUAAAAAUUUUCCAAAGAAGGAGUUCCUUCUUCGGGUGUCCUACAUGGAAAUCUACAAUGAGACAGUAUCUGAUCUGCUUGUCGACAGCUGGAAGCGAAAACCACUGGAAGUUAGAGAGACUAUUAAUAAAAACACCUAUGUGGCCGACUUAACUGAAGAGCUUGUUACGUCUUCUGCACAAGCACUAGCCUGGAUUCGUAAAGGAGAAAAGAAUCGCCGUUACGGAAUGACAAAAAUGAAUCAGCGGAGCAGCCGAUCACACACAAUCUUUCGAAUGAUCCUAGAGAGCCGUGAAAGAAGCGACCCAUUGACGGGCGAAAAUGGCGAUGGUGCAAUUAUUGUAUCACAUUUGAAUUUAGUUGAUUUAGCUGGAUCUGAAAGAGCAAGUCAAACUGGAGCUGAAGGCACGCGUUUCAAAGAAGGUUGCAACAUCAACCGCAGCCUGUUCACACUCGGCCAGGUGAUCAAGAAAGUUACUGAUGAAGGCCAGAAAGGUUUCACGAACUACAGAGACAGUAAACUCACUCGGAUCCUGCAAAAUUCCCUUGGAGGAAAUGCCAAGACGGUCAUCAUCUGUACCAUCACUCCAAUGGCUCUGGAUGAGACACUGAGCACUUUACAGUUCGCAAGUACAGCAAAGAAGAUGAAAAAUGACCCCCAUGUGACGGAAGUGUCUGAUGAUGGCGCUCUCCUGAAAAGGUACCGCAACGAAAUUGAAGACCUGAAGCGCAGACUAAUGGAGGCAAGUGAAACUGCUGGCCCCGUCCACGCUGACCCCCACUACGAGAGGGUGUUCCUGCUGGACCCACAGUACCAGAACCCAGUGGUGCUGAGGAGCAAACUUCCAGAGUUGUCCCAGAGCGCCGAGGCCUCAGAAUCUUCUUCUCUGAGAAUGUCUUCUUGGUUCUUACCUCAUUCAUUAUUGUCUUCUUGCCUCUGGUUGCAGAUGCCCAAACGCAGAGUUACAUGGGGAGGGAAAAUGCUGCGACUUGCCCAUCUGUCGAUUCCCGAAACGUCCGAACACAGCUUCUCGGAACAUUCUGCUGAGAAGUGGAAAGAUUUCAACUCGUGUCUGAUCGAGCUGCCUGAAGAUGACAUGACAAUUGAUAAUCACUGGAAUCCUGAUGAAACGUCAGAGGAAAUGGAUCAGAGUUCUGUCCAGAGCUUUGAACACGGUCCCGACGAGACUUCAGAACGGAUAAGGGACUUAUUGCAGAAAAUAUCCCAACUAGAGCUGCAGCUGGAAAGCGAAAGUCAACAGAAGGAGGAGGCCACGGAUAAAGUAGCAAACUUGGAUGUCAGAGUCGCCGAGUUGCAACUGCAGCUCCGAACGGAAAUCCAGCAGAAAGACGAGGCGUUGGAGAAGGUUGAGAACUCGGAAAAGCGGGCAGCGGAGUUGGAGCUGUUGCAACAGACUGAAGCUCAGCAGAAAUCGGAGGCCAAAGAGAUGAUACAGAUGUUGAAUUUGAAAGUCGCUGACCAAGAGACACAACUGGGAGAGCAUUGUUAUUGUCAGAAUGAAAAUAAACAGAUAAGAAAAGACUUUGAGGAAACCAUCCACCUGUGUGAAACUCUAGCUGCUGAAAAGAGCAUAGCCGUUUCUGAACGAGACGAUCUGAGGGAGGAGCUGAGGAUGGUCAUGGAGCGUACUGAGCGUUUGGAGAAGGAAAAAUCUGCGCUGUCACAGGACCUGCAGGAUAAAAGAGAGACAAAAGAGUUUGAAUCUUUGGAGGAGGAAAUUCGGAAAGAACAAGAGAAUGAAAUGAAAAAUGAAAUCCUCACCUUGAAAAAUGCCCUUAAAUCUUCUGAAGUUGAGCAACAGAUGCUUCUGAGCAUAGCCGUUUCUGAACGAGACGAUCUGAGGGAGGAGCUGAGGAUGGUCAUGGAGCGUACUGAGCGUUUGGAGAAGGAAAAAUCUGCGCUGUCACAGGACCUGCAGGAUAAAAGAGAGACAAAAGAGUUUGAAUCUUUGGAGGAGGAAAUUCGGAAAGAACAAGAGAAUGAAAUGAAAAAUGAAAUCCUCACCUUGAAAAAUGCCCUUAAAUCUUCUGAAGUUGAGCAACAGAUGCUUCUGAACAAACUUAAGAUUCUGUCUGAUGAGCUGAAUAAAGCAAGGGAGUUUUCAGAUGGACUUCAGCGAAAGAUGGCGAGUCAAACGGCUGAAGAUCCUGAGUGUGUGUCAACGGAGAAAGAAAUCGCACUCUCUGAGCAGGACAGUGCUGCCCUGAGCACCUUUUCACCCAAGACUGCAGAGAAAGACCGGAUGCAGUCUAUGAUUACAUCUUUGACUGCUGAGAAGGAUCAGCUGCAGUGUACUGUAACAUUUGUGACAUUAGAAAAGGAUCAGCUGAACUCCACUUUAACGUCUGUGACUGCAGAGAAUGACCAGCUGCAGUCUACACUUGCAUCUGUGACUGAAGAAAAAGAUCAGAUGGAGUCUAAGCUAACAUCUGUGACUGCAGAAAAAGAUAAACUGCAGUCUACGCUAACAUCUGUUACUGAAGAAAAAGUUCAGCUGCAGUCUACGCUUAACUCCGUGACUGAAGAAAAAGAUCAGAUGGAGUCUAAGCUAACAUCUGUGACUGCAGAAAAAGAUAAACUGCAGUCUACGCUAACAGCUGUGACUGAAGAAAAAGAUCAGAUGGAGUCUAAGCUAACAUCUGUGACUGAAGAAAAAGAUCAGAUGGAGUCUAAGCUAACAUCUGUGACUGAAGAAAACGAUCAGCUGCAGUCUACGCUAAAAUCUGUGACUGCAGAAAAAGAUAAACUGCAGUCUACGCUAACCUCUGUGACUGCAGAAAAAGAUCAACUGCAGUCUACGCUAACAUCUGUUACUGAAGAAAAAGAUCAGAUGGAGUCUAAGCUAACAUCUGUGACUGAAGAAAAUGAUCCGCUGCAGUCUACGCUAAAAUCUGUGACUGCAGAAAAAGAUAAACUGCAGUCUACGCUAACGUCUGUGACUGAAGAAAAUGAUCAGCUGCAGUCUACGCUUACCUCCGUGACUGAAGAAAAUGAUCAGCUGCAGUCUACGCUAAAAUCUGUGACUGCAGAAAAAAAAGAUCAACUGCGGUCUACACUAACGUCUUUGACUGGAGAAAAGGAAGAUUUGAACUCUGUUUCUGGAUCAGUUAUCGAUGAGCGGCGCCAGCUGCAGUUCGCAUCAACAGGUGUCACCACUGACUUGGACAAGGUGAACUCUGACCUUACACCCGUGACUGUGGAUGGAGACGAUCUUAACACUGCGAUAAAAUCUGUUAUUGCGGAGAGAGAUCAGCUGAAGUCUUUACUUACAUCGGUGACUGCCGAGAGCCACCGGCUGCAGUCUGUGAUAACGUCGUUGACCGGAGAGACGAACCAGCUGCAGUCUACAUUAGCAUCUGUUAUUACCGAGAAAGAUCAUCUGCAGUCAACACUAACUUCAGUGACUUCAGAGAGAGAUGAGUCCAGGAGAAGCCUGCAACAACACAUGGAAACCCUAUUUGAAUGCAUUCAAGGUGAGAAUAAGCCCCUCCCACUGCCAGUGAGCUCUUCCAAUGAUAUGGAGAAAAUCCUCUCCUCUGUGGCUAGCGUCUGUGCUGAGAGAGACCAGCUCAAGAUGGAUCUACAAGAAAAUGUAGAAAUGAUGAUUGAGAAUCAGGAAGAACUGAGGACAGCUCUGGAGAAGAUCCGUGCUCAAAAGGAAAUAAUCAAGCAGCUGAAGGCUGCAGAUACAGCCGGUGAGGACUCGUGCACACAGCUGGAGUCCUUGCAGAAACGGAUUCAGAGUGCAACUGAGGAGCUCGACGCUGUAAGGAAGGAGAAAGACCGCCUGCUGUCAGAGAAAACAGGAGAGAGUCUGAUGAUCCUGUACGCACUGAGGCUGGAGACCAAGCAACUGAAAGCAGAGCUGGGGGACAGGAUGGAGACAUUUCAGGGAGAGACCUCCAAAAUAAAGGAUCUCCUCAAGGCUCUGCACGAGGAACUGCAAGCGCAGAAACGGAGGAAUGUUGACCUGCAGAGAGUGAGCAAAGACAUGGAGAACUCUCUAGAUCAACAGAUAAGGAUGUUAACGUGUAAAGUUGAGAGCAUCGUGACGGAGAAGGACGCUUUGCUUUCUAAGGAGAAGGAAGAUCUGCGGUCCAUCACGGUGGAGAGGGAUUCACUGCAGGAGAAAGUGCACACAUUAAGAGAGGAGAAGCAGCAGCUGGUGGUAGAGCUGGAGGACAAAAUGGAGACCCUGCACAGAGAGGUGGAGACCGUGAAAGAGAAACUGCGACUCGCGGAAACGGAGAAGAACGAUUUACUUUCGAAACAGGAAGCCAGUCGGACAGCGUCAGCAGACAACGAGACGUUGCGGUGUAAAGUGACGGCUCUCACUGGGGAGAGGGAUCAACUGCAGCUCACACUGGAUGCACUGAGACAGGAGCACCAGCGUCUCUCAGCGGAACUGAUGGAGAAGAUUGAUGCCAUUCAGAGUGCAAUGGAAGAGCUCAAUGCCGUGAGGAAAGAGAGAGACCAACUGCUGUCGGAGAAAGCAAGCGAAAGCCUGAUGAUCUCCUCCCAAUCGGAAGACCUGCAGACGCUCUGGCACUGCGAGAGGCUGAACGCACUGAGGCUGGACACCAAGCAACUGAAAGCAGAGCUGGGGGACAGGAUGGAGACAUUUCAGGAAGAGACCUCCAAAAUACAAGAUCUCCUCAAAGCUGUACACGAGGAACUGCAAGCACAGAAACGGAGGAAUGUUGACCUGCAGAGAGUGAGCAAAGACAUGGAGAACUCUCUAGAUCAACAGAUAAGGAUGUUAACGUGUAAAGUUGAGAGCAUCGUGACGGAGAAGGACGCUUUGCUUUCUAAGGAGAAGGAAGAUCUGCGGUCCAUCACGGUGGAGAGGGAUUCACUGCAGGAGAAAGUGCACACAUUAAGAGAGGAGAAGCAGCAGCUGGUGGUAGAGCUGGAGGACAAAAUAGAGACCCUGCACAGAGAGGUGGAGACCGUGAAUGAGAAACUGCGACUCGCGGAAACGGAGAAGAACGAUUUACUUUCUAAACAGGAAGCCAGUCGGACAGCGUCAGCAGACAACGAGACGUUGCGGUGUAAAGUGACGGCUCUCACUGGGGAGAGGGAUCAACUGCAGCUCACACUGGAUGCACUGAGACAGGAGCACCAGCGUCUCUCAGCGGAACUGAUGGAGAAGAUUGAUGCCAUUUCAGCGAUUGAGGAAAACCGGCAGCAGCGGACUGAAGGUGGCCAAGAGCUCGUCCUGCAACAGGAGUUGCCUCUCAAAGCAAGCAAUACAGGCUUAGCCCACCGGGAGCAGCCAAGGCUGGAUGACAUCAUCACUACAGUCAGACAGACGGGCUCUUCGUUGCUGCACAACUCGACUGAGCAGCUCCAGAAAAUCAUCAACACACCCAUAAUGGAAGAGUCCCUGGACGAGAUGCAGUUCUCUCUAUCGGAAUCCAGAGAAAUCUACGCCCCCGUUUACCAUUCUGGGGUCCAACAUUUCGAAACCCUGGAAAAGAUUUUUGUGCAUUUACGGGUGCAGGCCCAGGACUACAAAAAACUUUUCGAGGAGUUGGUGAACACUGACUUGGCCGUUUUCGAAGAGAGGCUGCUGCAGCGCGUGCUGCUGUGCAGAUCGCAGGCCGACAACGUCUCGCUCGGAGAGGAGGACUUCCACAUCUUGUGCAGAGACAGACUGAACGAGUUGCUAGUCAAGAGACAGCUCUACCAACAGAAAAUCACCUGGAUUUCAGAUAAGCUUUGGUCCACCAUUGCCUUCUAUCCCAAAGAGAUGUCAGAAGAGAUUGCACAGAGGGAGACGUUCGUCGAGCGGAUGCUGACCGCGUUGAACAGAAAGCCCACCAAAGGGGAUGUGAUCAACAGCUUCCUAAAGACUGAACAAGAACGCCGAACCGCAGCGGCACAAAGCAAACGAAAAACUCUUCAGGAAAUCUCCGAAGAACAAAAUUGUGCGACGGAAGAAAUGAAGCAACUGGCUCAAACUUAUUUGGAGCUCAAAGAAGAAAGGAGUAAAAGUUCUGCUCUGGUGCAGGCUUUAAACAAAGCUCCCCUCCAACCAGAAGUCUCUUUACAGAAGGAGAACCCUGAGCUCCAUCCAACUGAAGAAAAUUUGCAGGCUAAGAACACACUCCAAACGCGUGAAAACAAGCAGCAGGAUCAUGAGGAGUCGUCAACCAGUGCGGACGAGCUGAAGGCUCUCCAAGCCAAAGUCUUCAAAAUGGAGGCCAAGUGGAAUUCAGCAGCAAACAAACACCAACAAGAGAUUCACAGACUGAACUCAUUGUUGAAAGCUAAAGAGGAAUCGUUAAGAACACUAAAAGAGAUGAUGAGGUUACAACAAUGCGACAUGGUCCCACAGGGUGAGGCUGUUUACAAUAAACUGACCAACCCCAAAGGUUUGGCCAUCAAGAGCAGUGUUCUCCUGGACAAGGCUAAACUGGAGGAAGAAGUCAAGCGUCUUCAGGGGAAAAUAACUGAACUGGAAAGCUUGGUUGGUACUCUGCAGGCAGAAAUCAGCAAGUGGAAAAACAGGGCCAUCAAACUGAAGGGGAAGCCUUUGUCACCCAGCACACCCACAAAGAGGGGGCCACCAGUGACCUCGGACUCUUCCAGCAGACCUUGUAAAUCCAAGAACCUUUUGGUUACCCCCAAAACGAUUCUAGACUCUCCCAGAAAGGUCCUGGAGUCCCCAAGUAGGGUGCUGGAAACCAAAAAUACAUAUCUCUUAGAUUUUCCCAAGAGCAAAUUCUUUGACAUGGAUAAUAGCUACGACCUACUGUCCACGACCUACCCCAAACAGUUCUUCGACAACUCUGGCCUUGGCACUAUUCCAGACCUGGAGGCACCCACAAGAGAGCGUUCCUGUUCGUCUCCAAAGUACGACGACAUGUGUAAAACCCAGUGAAGGAUAUGGAAUAAUCUGAGGAUGGGCUUCAUCUUAAUCUUUUUUUAUCAUUAUUAUUAUUGACCUUUUAAAUAGAGCUUUGUCUAUUUUGUUGCAUGGAGGUAGGCAUAUUUGAAAUAAAUAAAAUACAUCAAGAAUCCUAAA